AUGCCCACGCCGCACCCUGGGCAGGCGCCUCGACCCGUGCGUGCGUGCGUGCGCGCGUGGAGGGGGGGGUGCGCGCCGACGCGUCUGCGUGGGCCGCUAUACGCACGGGAUGCGGUGCGUGCCUCGCAUUCCCAUAGUGUCAAGUUCGAGCACGCGCACGCGCGCCGGGUUCCGAGGGCAUGUGCUUCCUGCUCGCCGAGCCUCGAUCCAUUACGGGACGCCGAAACCCAUCUGUUUCGAGGCGCGUGGGUCGCGCUGGCCAUCUUCAUAAAGCGGUUUUCCCACCAGCUUGAGAGUUCUCAGGGCCGUUAUGCGCCGCCUUGCGUCACUCUGCCCGCGGCAGUGAGAGGGUCUGUCUCGCUUUCCGCUCGAGCGUGGCAGGGGCGCGCUGGCGAGGGGCGCGGAUGCGGGGAGAGAGGGCAAAGAGACCCCGCUAGGGGAGGCCCGGAAACGGACGACGGCGGACUUUUGGCAGUUCGGGUUGGGUUGUGA